CCCAGCUAUCGAACAAUGACCAGCACAGCGCCGCCGAGCCCCUUCCGGCGCCGCGCGAUCGGGCGGGCGUCCUCGCCGCCGACGUGGGCGUGCUACGAGCAGAUCCGGGAGUAUGCGGACAGCGACAGCGACGACGAGGGGAGCGAGAGCGGGAGCGAUGAGGAGGAGAGCGGGGGGAGCGAUGGGGAGAAUGGUGGGGACGUCGUCGACGACGUCCAUCACGAUGACGAGGGGAUGGCAGCUGAAAUGGAGAUGGAGGUCGACCCUGAGGCGCCGUCGUCGCCGGUCCCCGCGGCGGCAGAAGCUGAGGCCGAGGCUGCAGAGAUGCCCCCGCCGACGCCCGCGCCUGUGACGGCCAAGGCGAAAGGCAAGCAGCGGGCGGUGGAGCCCGAGCCCCCGAAGCGGCGCACCCGCAAGGGCAAGCGCGAGCGCGAGAGGGUCUAUACGCUCCGCCCCAUCCUCACCAUCCAGCGCAGCCAGGGAUUCGUGUGGAACCAGGAUCUGUUUGUCCCGCCCUACAUCAAGGACCGCUACGUCGCAUCGACAUCGCCCCCCGGGAACGGCUUCCUCUCCACCUCCGUCUCCUCAACCAACUCUGCGCUGACCGACUACGAGAUCGAGGUCGUCGAGAUCCGCGUCCAAGAGGGCGAGUUUGACGGAAUCAUCCCCCAAUAG